AUGCAUUACUUGCCACGUCUGCGCAAGUUCGUCACCAAAAAGAAGAAGCAAAAGCCCCAGCGGGUGAGGCCAUCCCAGCCACUGGACUUUCACACGGAGAGGAGCAAAUCGUCGACCUCAUCGGGGGCGAUGCCCAAAGAAAUGCAUUCGCGACCGAUCGGCCAGCGACUCGGGCACCAGCUGAUACGUGAGCGCGUGGCCGCCGCGGUUCCCCUGAGCAAAGAGCUACGCCACUGGGCCGAGGGGUUCCCGUGGCGCCGUGCGAUGCAUACAGCCAUCGCCGCAGCGGUAAUCGUCGGCGUAUGCGUGGCGGCGCUGAUCAUGGCCCAGACGCCGGAGGUCGAAAAGCCGAUCUGCGACGAGGACUGCAUGUUAUACACCAAGCUGUUCAACCAAACCAUGGACUGGUCCGUGGAUCCCUGCAAAGACUUCUACCGCUUCGUGUGUGGCCGCUUGAAGAACAAGUCCUCGGUGCGCCGCCAUAUUAACUAUCACUUCGUCCAAGCGGUUGCCCACAUCGCCAGACGCCAGGACGUCCCAGCCGAGGGCCAGACAGCGGCGCAGAAGGCGGCGCGUCUCUUCAAGACGUGCAACGACAUCGUGACGCAGGACACGGACUACGUGCCGCGCAUCCGCGGAUACCUGCGCGACGCUAACCUGCACUGGCCGCAGCAUCCCGAUACACGUGACAUCGAGUCGGUGGACGCAUUUCGCAGCAUACUUGAAAUCAACGAAAAGUGGGGGUGGCCCUGCCUGCUCGAGUUGAGAACCGACUACAUCAGCGAGGCCAGGUUCGAGGUUGUCACGCGUCCUACCGACGGCAUUGACUACACACAGCGCCAUUCGUUCGCGCUUGGCUUGGGAUCUCCAGCGCACCGGACCUACUUCGAUACGCUCUAUGCCCACUACAGUGGCGGCGUCGUAGAUGGCGUCACAUUCGAAGAGAUGCUGAAUUACGAGCACCAGAUCAUGCAACCGCUGCUAGGAGCGUACCACGCACCACCCAGGAGAUACGUGUUCGAAAGGAACAACUCGGAUACCUCGGGAACCUGGGAACGCUGGAAAAGCGUCAUCGAGGAGUUUUACGAUUUGUCCGGAAACGAGCGUUCGGCCGUCCUGUCAGGCUUCUUCGGCGCGCUGGAGAUAGGUGGCGACGUCUAG